UGGGGAGCGAUGGUCGCAAGAUGGCGGCGCUGAAGGAGGCUCGGAGCUACGGGCUGUCGUGCGGCCGGGCGAACGCCGGCAGCAAGCUGUCCGUGUUCCACGUGAAGCUCACCGACAGCGCCCUCAAGGCCUUCGAGAGCUACCGCGCCAGCCAGGAUUCUAUUUCGCUGAGGCCAUCGAUUCGGUUUCAAGGAAGCCAAGGGCACAUCUGCAUCCCGCAGCCCGACUGCCCCGCCGAGGCACGGUCCUUCACCUUCUACCUCUCCAACAUUGGCCGCGACAGCCCCCAGGGCAGCUUCGACUGCGUGCGGCAGUACGUGUCCAGCCAUGGGGACACGCACUUGGACUUCCUGGGCAGCAUCCAGGACAAGGUCACGGUGUGCGCCACGGACGACUCCUACCAGAAGGCCCGGCAGAGCAUGGCGCAGGCCGAGGAGGAGACCCGGAGUCGGAGUGCCAUCGUCAUCAAGCCGGGGGGCCGCUACCUGGGCAAGAAGGUACAGUUCCGGAAGCCGGCCCCCGGGGCGUCAGAGGCCGUGCCCUCCCGGAAGCGGGCGACCCCGAUCAACCUGGCGAGUGCCAUCCGCAAGAGUGGCGGGAACAGCCUGAGUGGGGCCGGCGCGGUGUCGCAGCGGCCCUUCCGGGACCGCGUGCUGCACCUGCUGGCGCUGCGGCCCUACCGCAAGGCCGAGCUGUUGCUGCGGCUGCAGAAGGACGGCUUGGCGCAGGCGGACAAGGAUGCGCUGGACAGCCUGUUACAGCAGGUGGCCAACGUGAACGCCAGGGACAGCACGUGCACGCUGCGGGACUGCAUGUACAAGGACGUGCAAAAGGACUGGCCCGGCUACUCAGAGGGCGACCAGCAGCUGCUGCAGCGCAUGCUCGUCCGGAAGCAGUAUCAGCCCCAAGGUGCCAGCGGCCUCCCUGGGGACUCUGCGGCCUCCAGCCCUCCCAGUGAGCACGGGAGCUCAGCCUCACCCCCUCAGAAACGGCCACAACCCCCUGAGUUCAUCGACCCCCUGGCCCACAAGAAGCCCAGGAUAUCACACUUUGCCCAGAGAGCCCAGCCCACCGUCAACGGCAAGCUGAGCGCGCCCAACGGCCGGGAGGCCCUGCUGCCCACCCCAGCGCCGCCUGCUGCCGACCCCCUCAGUGCCCGCGCCCACCCGCCCCCACGGCUCGAGCCCCCCCGGGCCCACGACCCCCUGACCGACGUCAGCAACGACCUGGGCCAUGGCGCUCGAGACUGUGACCGGGGGGCGCCUGCCACCCCGGCCCCCACGCACCCCGCACUGCCCCUGCCCACGGACUGUGUCCAGGCCGGCAGCCCCCCGCACAGCAAGUCCCGCAAGAAAUCUAAGAAGCACAGAGACAGGGCGCGGGUCCUGGAGGACAAGCACCGCACCCCGCAGCCACCGCCGGACCCCGCCCCUGCUGCCCCCACCGUCCCCCAAGCCCUGCUGGAUGCCCCGGGGCUGAACGGCACCUGCAGCAGUGCCAGCGCGCCCGCAGCUGCACCCACGUCCACGUCCGAAACCCCGGACUACCUGCUGAAGUACGCCACCAUCUCGUCCCCAGAGCAGCGCCAGAGCUACAAGAAUGACUUCAACGCCGAGUACAGCGAGUACCGCGACCUGCACGCCCGCAUCGAGCGUAUCACGCGCCGCUUCACGCAGCUGGACGCCCAGCUGCGGCAGCUCUCCCAGGGCUCCGAGGAGUACGAGACAACUCGAGGGCAAAUCCUGCAGGAAUACCGGAAAAUCAAAAAGACCAACACCAACUACAGCCAGGAGAAGUACCGCUGUGAGUACCUGCACAGCAAGCUGGCCCACAUCAAGCGGCUCAUCGCCGAGUACGACCAGCGGCAGCUGCAGGCCUGGCCCUGACCCCGACCCGCGGCACCUGCGGCUCUGGGGGCCGGGGCCGGAGGCGGGAGUGCGAGGAUGAAUUUAAAAUAAACACGAGGAGGAAGACGCACGCAUCUGAGCCAGCCCCGCGGCCCGGCCCCUCCGGCUCGGUGGCAG